CUAUGGUUAGAGUGUUUUUUUGUUUUUCUGACCAACGCGGAAGUUCUGUGCGCACUAAGAUGGCAGACAGCGACUACGAGUCGGUGUUAUGUGUCAAGCCGGAAGUACACGUUUACCGGAUACCCCCUAGGACCUCCAACCGCGGCUACCGGGCUGCAGACUGGCAGUUGGAUCAGCCAGCAUGGACUGGGCGAAUGAGGAUCACAGCACGGGGAAAUAUGGCCUACAUCAAGCUAGAGGACAAGACCUCAGGGGAACUCUUUGCUCAGGCAUCAGUGGAGCAGUUUCCUGGUAUUGCAGUUGAAAGUGUGACUGAUUCCAGCCGAUACUUUGUAAUCUGUAUUGAAGACGGAAGUGGCCGCAGAGCAUUCAUUGGUGUUGGAUUUGCUGACAGAGGAGAUGCGUUCGACUUCAAUGUUGCUUUGCAGGAUCAUUUUAAAUGGGUCAAGCAGCAGACAGAGUUUGCAAAACAGUCCCAGAAUCCUGACCCAGGGCCCAAGCUGGAUCUUGGUUUCAAGGAGGGUCAGACCAUUAAGAUCAACAUAGCGAACAUAAAAAAGAAAGAAGGUGCUAAACCUCGGAUCGCAAGCACUGGAGGGCUAAGUCUGCUGCCACCACCUCCAGGAGGCAAAUCUGUCCCAGGUGCCCCUCCGGCCGAGCACAGUGAUCCUCCGGCUUCCACUAACACAGGGUUCCUGCUACACAUUGAUUCACCCCCUGCUCGGACAGAACCUGUGGGAUCUUCUGACAUUUGGGGAGACUUUACCAAAGCAUCUGGCUCUGGACAGUCCGGCUCCAGCUGGGUGCAGUUCUGAUGGGAUCCAGUCAUCUGAAGAUACGUUCAUGUCGCCAGCCAUUUUAAAGGUCGUCUUUGCUCUCUGUACAGUUUUCCAGAGGCCCCAGGAUUGUAUCUCUGGGUUUGGAAGACUGCAAAUCCAGUGUGGUCCUUUAUCUGUUUUUGUAUCAGAAGGCAUUUCUCAUUCACACUGUACUAUACAUCCAGAUGGAGCACAAUUCAAAUUCAGACCUCAAUAUUUCUUUCUGAAGUUUACACUGUCCUGGAUUUUUAGAGGUUAUAACACAAGUUUGGUUCAGUUAAUAAUUUUUAUUUUACCAAUCUGCACUGUUUGCACCCUGUAACAUUUUGCUUUCUGUGAACUAUAAUAUGACCAAUGUGAAUUCGAGCUGCCACAGAUAUGCGGACUGGACCAUUAUUUUAUCUUUUACGCUUUGUAUUAUGCUUGCUGUUUGUCACACUGUGCACCUCUAACAUAUAGUUUAAAACUAAAAAUCUUUAAUACAUAAAAAAACAAAACUGCCCCUCUCACGUCGUGUGUUUAUGCUCUACGUGGGUAUAGCUUAAUUUGUGUAAUCAACGUAUUACACGCCCUAUGACAGCCAGAAUUUAUAUUAAACACCUCUUGCUUUUGUAUAAAAAUUGUAGCUAUUGAUUUUUUUUUUCAAGCAUUUUGUAAGAAAACCUACAUUAUUUUGGUUUUUGGCAUUCCGAGGAAGUGGUUGAACAAGCACAGUUUUUACACAAAAGCAAAAAGUAUUUAACAUCCCUUAAAAACUUUUGGAUGUCUUUUCCAAAGCACGGAGGAGGGUGCAGUAUUCAUUUUCUGUAGCUGUAAAUAGUUUAUGGACCAAAGCACAGCAAGUAAGGCCAAUAUUUAUUUUCUGAAGCUAGAAAGUCCCAUCCCUACAUUAUUCCUGUCCCCUUUAUAGUCAGUAGAACUACCCAUUGUGUAAUGUUUGUCUUUUGGCCAAUUGUUGCUACAAACAGCAAGUGAUACCUGGUGAUUUAUUACCCAGUGUGAAUGGCUCUUGUACAAUUUUUAAUUUGAGCUUUUCUUGCCCUGAGUUUUUGGUGAAAUCGAUCAAAUUUUGGGAUUAAAAAAAUAUAUAUAUUUUUUUUUUCAAGGAAUCCAUUGAGAUUAAAAGUUUUGUAGAAUUCUCCUCCCCCCCCCCCCCCCACAAAGUGCCUUUUCUGUGCCAUACUUCUGUUAACACCUUGCUGCCAGAACUGGUCAGUCAGUUGAGCUCACUAACAGUCAAGAGGUUAAAAAAACAACCUCACAGGGUUGGCAUGCAACACUUCCCCCCCCCCCCCCCCCAAAUAGUAAUACAAACUUUAAAAACAAUAGCUACCUGCACCUGCUUAUUUGCACUCCAAUAUAGAGCUUUUCAUGUACAGGAGGGACCUGCCACACGUUAUUCCCCUCUGCAGUUGGGAGGGUCAUGCUAUGCAACGUGGUAAUCCUCCCCCACAACAAUUGUUUAACAUAAUGUAAGCUUACUUACAGUAUCUACUGUAACAAGGCAAUUACUGAUUUACAGAAGUGAAAACUGAGCAAUUGCUUUUUUAAUAUACAGUUACCCAACUGCUUAAAACUUAUAGUAAAGAGAGAUAAAUUGCUGUCUUCAGUACCAAAGUGAGAGACCAAAUGCAAAAAUGAUAUAACUUUUGGGAGGAGUGUUUCUAAUAAAAUAUAAAUUCUGUUCCAUUUGAAAACUGAAAGGGGAAAUCGUGGACAAGACUAGAAUAAUGUAAAAUUAUAAAGUUGAUUUAUUUACCAUAAAAUAUGUUUUAAGAUAUUCUAUUUUACUUAGAUAAAAAAAUAAGUGAACACACUGUCCCUUUAAAUUUUUAAACUGGAAUAUAAUAACCUUUGUGUAUUUUAGGUUUGCUAAUAUAUCAAGAAGUACUCUCGGCCCCAGUGAGUGCUGAGCAGUGUGUACCACUAAUCCUCAGAGAUGUACAGUUUUAGGUCUGCCUAUAGCUUCAAGGGCUCAGGAAAUAAUUUACACUCCUAGACUAAAAUAUGUGUAUGUAACUGUCACAUUGCACUUCAAUCUGCUCCUGAAAUUUGGGUCCCUUUAUUUUUCUAUCUGCAUUUUUCCAAGUAGAUGAUCCAUUCAGCCUAACUUUCCCAUAUCCUUUUAAGAGUAGGUGUUUUGCAUUACUGGGAAUUUCCAUGUGGUUGACUUGGUUCAGAUUAGGCAUGGGCAGAAUUUUGUUAUUCGCCAUUAAUUUAGUAAGUAGAUGCCGAAUAUGGCAUUGUUAUUUUCAGCAUUUUUAUUUUUUGUGUAAAAGUACCAAACACAGAUGUUUGUGUGUCGCACUAUUGAACACAAAAUCUGGCACCAAAAAUAGCUGAAUUCUACUGCCUGCAGCUAUAAUAAAUAUAAUUGUGCCCCUGCCUAGUUCAGAUUAAAGCAAAUUGUUGGGGCGUGUCUAAUAUUUUAUCCUAGAAGGUUAUAAAAAAUAUUCCUGAACCCUUUGGCUGCUAAAGUAUGAUUGCAGACCUGUUUUUCUACUUGAGACCCCACUGCAACCUUACACUGCCAGGGCUUCACUGAGUAUAAAUCAUAUACAGGCAUUGCCACCGUUUAUUUGCAACCACAAAUGCUGGCAUGAUUUGCGUUACUAUUCUUGUUGUAUUAGUAUUUACUAGCCUAUUUUUAAACUAACUGAAAAAUCAGAAAGUAUGAGAAUUAUGAUUCUUUAUUUUUAACUGAGCUGAACUUUAUAUUUUAAAACAAAUCCUUUUUAUAGAUCUAUUUAUAAGGUGGGUAUUUCAAAUUUAAAGUGAUAGAAAGGUCAGAAUUGUGCAUGGGUGCAUUUGGAUAUGAAAUAGAAGCACUUUUGCAAUUUACUUCUAUUAAUAAUUAUUAGUGUUUUUCUGCGGCAUACACACAUAUCCUGUGAGCUGAAGAUUGUGUGAAUUGCAUCUGUGAAGACUUAAUUUGUAUCAUACAAACCACAGCUGAAUCUGAGAAGCUGUGGUGUUUAAAUACUGGUGCACGGCUCUCACAGGAUAUGUGCGUAUGCCACUGAAAAACAAUAACUUAAUAGAAGCAUUUUUGCUAAUAGAAGUAUAUUGCAGACAUGCAUCUAUUUCAUAUUCAAAUGCACCUGUGCACUUUUCAAAUUUGACCAUUCUAUCCCUUUAACGGUGCAUACUGCAGAUAUUUGAAUGUUGGAAUUUGUAAUGCUUUUUUUCUGUACCCACUGACAAAUGUGUGAGAUGUUAAAGAAAUAUAUAUAGUAGUAAAAUAUUUGAAUUAA